CUCGUCCCCGAUGCUGCUGUCAAAUAUCCCGAACUAUUUAUCUCUAUUGUCAUUCAAUCCGGGCCAAACCAAACCCCGCAAUGCCUGUCACUGAGAUCAAAAGCCAAGAUGACUAUGAAAAACUCCUUAAGAAGUACAAAGUCGUCAUCAUCAAUGCAUAUGCUUCAUGGGCUGGUCCCUGCAAGGCCAUGAGCCCUAUCUACGAGAGGCUCUCCAACCAAUCCCUUACAACCCGGAAUACUUCGCCAUCACCAAACUCGGCAUCGACAAAGUAUCCGAUCUUGCUGAAAAGCUUGAUGUUCCAGGUAUCCCGUUUUAUUUGGCUUACGAGGAUGGAAAGAGGAAGGAUAAUAUCUUAAUGCCUGGCCUGAGUACACUCCAGAAGUUUCUUAUUUCGUGGUCUGAUAAGGCUCAUGAGUUGGGAAAGGAGCCAGAAAAGAGGUGAUUUCACAAUUUGCAGGAUAUCCUUUCAGAAAGAACGAAGUUGAGGCCUCUUGGAGACUUUAAGUUACUCAACUACAUUGGUAGGAAGAAACAAUUCUUAUGGUGGUCGUUGUUUUAGAUUCCGUCAAGCUUGGAGUUAUUUAUUUUGUGUUGGAAAUUGAUAGAGAACGAGUAUAAACCCAAGGUAUCUCGCUUCAGAUUAAAUAUUAGUAUUGCGUUUUUCUUUUCUCAUCCCGCGUUUGUUGUUUGUUUGCGGCUAUGUCUUCGGUUAUCUAAGUUGAGGUUACCGACACCUUAUCUUAUCGUUUCGCAACUGUCGGCCCAGCAUUGGAAAUUGUCGUACCGAAACCAAUUACCACCAAAAAGAAAGCCGAC